ACUGGGGUUAUCAAAAAAUUUUCGUACAAGAGAGAGACGACUGCGAAAUUUUCUCUCCUCGCCCCUUAACAUCCAGACAUCAGUAGCCGUUUGUUCGUGAGUGUGCGUGUGAUAACGUUCACUUCACACUGCGUCCAGCGGUGUACCAGUUUUUUUUUUUGCAGAUCUACAUAUGUUCUUUACGAACCCAUUUUUAAUCACACUCGAUAAUUGAUUCCACAUUACCCGAGACCCGACAGACCUCAUAGCGCAACAAUGUUAUAACGUUAUAUUGUUAUAAUACCAGAGUACUAUUGUAUCAUCAUUCGUCAUUAUUUUUACGAAUCACCAGUGAAUACACACUACCGUAAUUUGUUGUUCAAAAUAUUAUAUGUAGAUAAUAUAUAUAUAUAUAUAUAUUUAAAAUAUAUACAUAUUUGAGUACACGGCACUUAGCUCAGUUCUUGAUGUCAUCAUUCUCAAUCAGUUCCGGUCGCCACACGUUGUAUGGUACCAAAGACAACUUGGUGGACCAAGACUUUAAUUGGCAUUGUUAUAAUAACUUUAACAACCAUCAAAAGAAGUGCAAUAACAUGUCGCAGUGCGACGUUACAGAAGCUGGUGUCCCACUUAACUCUCCUGCUUUUCUUUCUUGGCGUAAACUUCAAUUAAGUAGAGCUAAGCUCAAGGCGUCUAGCAAAACAUCAGCACUUUUAUCAGGUUUUGCUAUGGUGGCUAUGGUAGAGAUGCAAAUUAGCGAUGAUUCUAAAGUACCAGAAGGAAUGCUUGUUGCAUUUGCUGUAUGUACCACUCUACUAGUUGCUGUUCAUAUGUUGGCUCUAAUGAUAAGUACAUGUAUUUUACCAAACAUUGAUGCUGUAUGUAAUCUCCAUUCAGUAAGUCUCGUACAUGAAGCUCCACAUGAACGUCUACAUUGGUACAUAGAAACUGCAUGGGCAUUUUCAACACUUCUUGGUCUUCUAUUGUUCCUAGCAGAAAUCGCCAUACUAUGUUGGGUCAAAUUUUAUGAUAUAUCUAAAUAUGCAGCAUGGUCCGCUGUUAUUAUGUUAAUUCCAGUUCUAGUGAUAUUUUUAGCAUUUGCUAUACACUUCUACCAAUCGAUGGUAGCCCAUAAAUAUGAAGUGACUGUGAGUGGCAUUAGACAAUUAGAACUUCUAAAAGAACAAAUUGAAGCUGGAGACUUGGAACGCACAAAUGGAUUGUUACUGAAUACACCAGGCACACAAAUUGUUUGACAGUGCCAUUAAAUGAGACAAAAGUCCUAAGUAACCGUUUAGUUCUUAAAAUACAAUUUAUAAUGGUGCUUUAUUAAAAAAAUUUUUAAAAAAUGUUCACUUGAUGAUUUACAAUAUUUGACUUAUUAUCUUGACUGUUGAUCUACUCAUUUUUUUUUUUUUUUACUAUUUGCCAUAUUUCUUACCUAUCCUAUAAAUUAAUUUUGUUAUUAUAAAGUUUUAAUGAAUACAAGUUACACAUAGCAUAUAUUAUAUUUUAUAUUAUAUUUCAUUAUGCCGCUCAAUGUUUCCUAGACUAAUAAUGAAGUUUUAAGUUUUUUAUUAAAUUGUAAAUAUUUUACAUUAUUUGUAAUAUAAUUUUUAUUGCCAGUCUACAAAUUAAACAUUAUUUAGUAACUAUGUUAUUAUGUCUUCUAUAACUUACUAUUUACAGUCAUUGGCCUUUGAUCAAGUAUGUUACAUGAAAAUAAAGAAUAUUAUAACCAUACUAAUUCACUAAAAGGCUACCCAUAGGAAUUAGUUGUACUAUAUUAUUAUGCUAAUUUUAUACAAUUUAAUAAGUUUUAUAAGAACUUCAGAUUGGAUUAGUAUGUUUAAUUAUAACAUAAUAUAUUAGGUAAAGCAUAAUUUCAGUCUGUAUUUUUUACCGUGUAUUUUUAUUAUCAUUA